UUCGUGGGUUGUUGGGUCUCUUCUUCUUAUAAGCCUCCCUACAAACAAGGUUCCUUUCUUCUUCGUUCUUCCUUCGUUCUUCUUCUCUGAUUUGUAAGCGAGAUAUUCUCUGUGAGAGGGAGAAAAACAGAGUUUCCAUUAGCAUUAUCAUAAAAAAAAAUGGGGUUCAUCUCGUUUGCAGGAAGAGUUCUUUUCGCUUCCGUUUUCAUCCUCGCUGCAUGGCAAGAAUUCAGUGAAUUCGGAGUUGAUGGUGGGCCAGCAGCAAAGGCUCUCAAACCAAAGUAUGAACUGUUCACAAAUCAUCUGACCUCUAAUCUUGGGCUUCAAGUUCUAGAUAUCGAAAUUAAGCAUUUGGUUGCAGCAUCAGUAGCUUUCAAGGGUAUUGGAGGUGUUCUUUUCAUCUUUGGUAGCUCUCUCGGAGCUUAUUUGCUGCUUUUGCAUCAACUUGCUGCUUCUCCUGUUUUGCAUGCCAUCUGCAACACUGGCCUUGCUAAGAUCGAUUUUGUUGAACUUCUCCUCAAGUACUCACAGGUCAUUGCAGUCUUUGGCGCUUUGCUCUUUUUCCUUGGGAUGAAGAACUCCACCCCAAAGAGACAACCAGCCAAGAAGAAGGGUCCUAAAGCGAAAACUACCUAGAAGGAAUGAUAUGAACAAGAAUUUUCUUCUUUUUUUCUUGACGGAAGGGGUGUUUUUGUUAUCUGUAGUUUGUAAUUUAAACCUCUUCUUAGAUGAUCCGAGUCACAUACUAGGAUCGCUAAACUGCACAUGAAUUGGAGGAUCAUUUGUAUUUUAUUUUCAUAUAGUCACUUUUGUAAUUUUUAACUAAAACUUCUUCUCAACUUUUCCCCCCCUCUCGCUCGUUCA